AUGGCUGCUCGUGCGUUCUGCAGGCCUAAGGUCCAAACCCAAAAACCUUGUUCAGCGGCGGAAGCUUUAGAGGUUGUCCAGGACAUUCUUACCAGCGGAUCUCUUGGACUAUCAGACGAUUUGCGGGUGAACUUACAUAUCGUAUCUGGGCAACUUGAGCUUCUCAAGGAGUUUGCCAACGAAAAUUGCGAUGGUGGGGCGGCCGACAGACGGAAGCUGGCGGCGACAACACCUGGCCCAGCCGCAACUUCACCAGGCUUCGCGGCGCAAAGCAGUAAAAGGGAGAAGCAUCACAGCAAAGAUGAGAAGGAUGAAAAGCAGGGCACGCAGCGGCCGUUGACCGCUGAGAAAAAGCACAAGAAGGACGAUGGGAAGGAGGGAAAAGAAGGGAAGGUGGGUCACAAAAAGGGGGACGGCAAGGAGGAGAGGAAGGAGGAUGGCAAGGAGGGAGACGCGGGAACUGAGGGCAAGAAGGAUAACGAAGGGAAGGAGGAUAAGGAGCAGAAGGAGCGGAAGGAGGGGAAGGAUAAGGAGAGGAAGGAGAGGAAGGAUAAGGAGCGGAAGGAGGGGAAGGAUAAGGAGAGGAAGGAUAAGGAGCGGAAGGAGGGGAAGGAUAAGGAGCGCAAGAGGCGGUCAGAAGACGUCGCGGACGGAGGUAAAGACACCGUCCAGAAGUCCAAGAAGCAGAAAGUAGCAGCAUAGCUUUUAGGAUAGUUAAGUGAUGCUGGUGUGGUGGUGCUGGAGGCUGAGGGGGAUCGUUCCAGAUCCGUAUUUUUAAGUUGCCGCGGGGUAACUGAUGGACAGGACUAUCGGACAGACUGACAAGCCGGCUGGCUGGCUGUGCCAAGCAAGUGGAAAUUCCCUCUGGUCUCUGGGUCAUUUUGCUUUUUAACCGUUACCACGUCUCUUGACUUUUGACUUGGUUUGUUUGCUCGUUUGCAAGCUGUGAAUGACCAUGCCUCAACCAGCCUCCACUCCGGGGUGGAAUAACGCUGCUUGAUGACGUUCUUGUAAAGCCGUAACUGACUAAGUCGCGGUGUUUCGUUCAUCUCGUUGUGUGUUGUGUUACCAACUUGAUUUGGUCUGCCCCCCUGUCAAAGCGCCUAUGACGCGCACCGUUUGCGGCAGCGGUGGAGGUGCUGGUGGUGACUCCUCACCCUAUCGGCAUGCUGGCUUGUGAACAAUCCAUUUUUCGGCUCC